CUCCCCGCGCGCUCUUCGGCUCACACCCGGGCCGCGGAGCAGCAGCCUGGGCGCGGGGCGGCGACCGUGCGGGACCCCGAGCCUCCGCCAGGUGGUCGCCUGGCCGAGCCGGUUAACCCCGUUCUGGGCCCGGAAAGCGAAGCUGCUCAGGAAAGUUGCCGGACCCCCGAGCGCAGGUGGGUCUUGUGCACAUCAUGGCCAGUUUUGAAGAUGCUGACACAGAAGAGACAGUAACUUGUCUCCGGAUGACUGUUUACCAUCCUGGGCAGUUGGAAAGUGGAAUAUUUCAAUCAAUAAAUUUUGGUAGCCGAGAGAAACUCCCUUCCAGUGACGUGGUGAAAUUCGGCCGAAAUUCUAAGGUCUGUCUUUAUACUUUUCAGGACAAACAGGUUUCCCGAGUUCAGUUUUCUCUGCAGCUGUUUAAAAAGUUCGACAGCUCAGUUCUGUCUUUUGAAAUUAAAAAUAUGAGUAAGAAGACCAACCUGAUUGUUGACAAUAGAGAACUGGGCUACCUAAAUAAAUUGGACCUGCCAUACAGAUGCAUGGUCAGAUUUGGAGAGUAUCAGUUCCUGCUGGAGAAGGAAGAUGGAGAGUCAUUGGAAUUUUUUGAGACUCAGCUGAUUUUUUCUUCAAUAUCACUCUUACAAGAAAACAAGUGGCCAUCACACAAUCCCAUACCUGAGUAUGGCCGUUAUUUUUCAUCCUGUUCCACCCAAAGCUCUUCUCCUACAGAAAUGGAUGAAAACGAAUAAUGAACACAGGGUCUGAGAUGAGAAACAUGAAGGAUGAACAGCUCUGUAGACACUUUAUAGACACUACUUAUUAAGAGUUUAUUAGUGUAGUAAAUUAUAGUCAUUUGUUAUGCUGUCAAAUUUGGGAGUUUAUCAUUUUAAAGUCUGUAAAUUAUAUUAGUCAUCAACUUAGUCACCUGUUGCCUUCUUGGAUCUGUAACGAAUCUGUGAGGGUUAAUGUAAAAAAAAAAAAGAAAUCCUUUGUGAUAAAAUAGUGUUCUCAAAAUAUGGUUAUAUUAUUUUCUCUUUCCGCUUGAUUUUCGUCCUGUAUUUCGUUGUUUUUGUAAG